AUGGCCCGCCCAUCGAGACAGAAGCGAGCCGCGAAAAUGCGGGCUAACUUGAGGCGGCGCGAGGCACAGCAGCAGCAGAGGCAGAGCCGGUCGCCUCAGCAGACUGAGAAUCAGCCUUCUACAGAGGGAAAGAUGCAGCUUGCGAAUGAUGAGAAUGACAUACCCAUCGAUAUGCCCGCUCCCCUAGAGAACAAUAUCGCCAACGAGAACGAACUUUCAGAAUCUCCAAAGCAAGCGCUUCAGCUUCCGGCUGAUGCCAACGCAGACAACACAGAGGGAGCGAUCAUGCCCUCCACACAGCAUGAUACAAAACCCGCAGACGAGGAUGAAGCUCCAAACCCCCCUAUGCAAAUUGAACAGCCUCCAAACGAUGCAAAGGAGACCACAGAGGACGUGAGCGAACUCAGUACACAAUUCGAGACCCCCGCCAGCGGUGACGAACAUCAACAACACGCAAACCAGGAUACGGACGACUCGACGCACAUCAAACAGGAGACGCAGGCCACCACCCAACAUGAGACGAACACCACCACCCACGAUACUCCAGUUACCGUCAAGCAGGAAGAGACCCAGCCUACCGACACCGAAGAAACCACCGAACGAGUAAGCCAGCUGGCGAAGAAGCGCAGAAAGCGCCCCGUCCCCGCACCGCAACCCCGAAUCCCAGCACCGCAACCCCCCGCCCUCACCCAACCCACAACCAACAAGCCACCAGCCCCAAAGACCUCAAAGCGCAAAGCCUCCGCCCCCGCCGAGACGAUCGAUCUCAGCUCGCCCAAACCGAGCCCCAAGAAACGCAAAGCCCGCGUCACGGCCGAAGUCAUCGAUCUAUGCUCACCCGGACCAUCGCCGAAGGACCCUGGACAGAGGCAGAGCCCGAAGAACCUGCGGAAGCGCAAGCCCGCGGACCCGCCCGAGACGAUCCCGAUCAAACGCGCGCGGAGCUCGAUGCCUACCUCGCCUCGCAGGACCAGAAGUUACACCAGGCAAGCUGCCCAGCAGCCACCGCAGGUUCAACCCAAGGAAUAUCCCCAGAAGCGGCGGGGGGCGCGACGCGUGGAGUGGGCGGACCGGGAGACCCGCAAGCAACCCACCGUUGCCCAGCAGGAUGCAACAAGCAUCAAAAAGGAGGAGCAGCCGCGCAGAAUCCUCCGGGAUAGGAGCCAGAUCCGCAAGCCAGGCCACGCUCAAAGCCAAGUAAAGCGCGAGCCAGCCUCGCAACCACCGCACACCCCCACCCCCGAGGAAACCCCCUUCCACACGCCCCUCCAACAAGCCCUCCUGCACCAAACCCAAGCCGUCACCGACACCACCUACGACGUCCUCGAGCGCCAACUCGCCACUACACAAACCACCGCAGCACGUCGCGCAGCCACCACCACCACCACCACCACCACCGACACCGAAACCAACACCGAAACGGACCCCGACACCGACACGGACCACGCACACGACCCGAUCCCGCCCCUCCCGCUAGGCCAAGUGCUCAACGUAGCCAAAUACUUCAACACCAACAUCUUGUCCCGGCUCACACAGACCUGCAAAACGCUGUACCGUAACCUAGUGCAAGAGCUGCACCUCCGGCAACACGCCACCGUAAUCCCAGACCGCGCCUGGCAGAGACAAAUUCGCCUGAGCCAGGCCGACGCGGAAGGCCGACGCAGCGUGGAAUGGCUCCCCAGCACAGGGUACUACCCGGGGCCGAUGGAGCUCGCCACGCAGCACGGCCGGGUGGACGACGUGCGGAGCUACCUGCUCAAAGGCGCGGACCGCGACCGCCUCAACGCCUACGGGAUCCGGCCGUUACGCUGGGCGGUGGCGACCGGGCAACUCGAAAUCGUGCAGCUGCUGCUGGAAGACCACGCGGACCCGAACCUGGCGGACGCGGACGGGAGCGGGGGGGCGCUGGCGGGCCCGUUCGUGGGGCCGGACGGCGAGACGGAAACGAUGAUCGAGAGGCUCCUGGCGGCCGGGGCGCAGCUCAUCAACAUGGAGGCGUUCGUGGCGGUCAUCCACGCGCGCAAGAGCGUCGAAUACCUCAAACACGCGCUGGCGAACGGCAGCGCCCGCACGGUGGGGCAGCUGCGCGGGCCGUCGAACAGCACGGCGCUGCACCUCGCGGCGCAGACCGGCCAGAAAGCGGUGGUGGGCGUGCUGCUCCGCGAGACGGAGGGGCUGGCGCUGGACGCGGUCAACGACCACGGCCAGUCGGCGCUGCACUUCGCGCUGCGCGACGGGAACGAGGAGACGGCGCUGGCGCUGAUCGACGCCGGGUGCGCGCUGGAUCGGCUGGACAACUUCAACCGCGAUGCGUUGGCGCUGGCGGUGGAGAGGGGGUAUGCCGAGGUGGUGCGCGCGCUGCUCGAGGCGCCGGCUGAGGCCGGCGUGGAUUUCCGGGCGACCAGGAAGUAUGGCCAUCGGCCGUCGGCGGAGAUGACGCAUCUCGAGGGCGCGUUUACGUACCGCCGGUUUGGGAUCAUGAAGCAGCUGUUGUUGGGGAGGGAGCACGCCGUCGAUGAGGUGUUGCAGAGGCGGUGUAGGGAGUUGGCCAGGACGGAUCCGACGUAUGGCGAGCUGUGCGAGGAUGUGUCCUUGCUUAUGGGGAGUUGUAUGUUGGGGUUUGAUUCGGAGGAGAGGGAGGGGGGGGGGGUUAGAUAUGACUAGCGGUAGGAUU